UCUUCUGAGUUGAAAAGGAUCAGGGAUUAAAGAGUAACACUUUCAAAUUAAUUGUUAUUGUAUAGUACAUUUUAUUAUAAUAUAACUUCCUCAAAAGGGUAAGUCUCCAUCCCUCAAUGGUUAUUUAGUAUUUAAAACUCGAUUUUAUUUCCAUCAAUUAACUUAAUUAUUAACAUCGACUAAGAACAGAUCGUCUGCAGAUAGGGCUUUUUAAUUCUGAUAAUUUACUUCUAGUUUUUACAUUUUUAACACCUUUGUUCCUAAUAUUGAUACCAAUACUUUCCUAUAAUCAGUUUUGAGGUGGAUGAAAGAUAUCGAGAAUCAAGGCGUAGAGCGCAGGUCAUUUUACAAACAAAAUUGCUUUGUUGCUUGGUAACCCACCUUCUACCACUCUUGCCUUCUGCUACUUGCUUACUAGUUUUAGGUUUUGACCAUUCCAUUAGUUAAUUCUUGUGUAUUGAGCAGUUUAUUUUUUCAAAAAACGUCUUUUUUGUAAUAUUGAAAUCCUUUUGGAGCCACUCAUUGACAAUCUAAAUAUUUAACCUUGUCAGAUGGAUUCUUCCAAUCACCUGUCAAUAUCUUGUCCUACAUGUUUCAGUUUUAUUAUUGCUCGUAUAAGUUUUCAAAAUCAAGUUUCACAAUGAUAUAAAUUUCUCAAAGUUUCUCGACUAGGCUUAUCUGCCAAUUAACUUUUAAUUUGUGAUCCAUAAGCUUCAAUAAUACUUGUCACUUUUGCUGUGCUUCACCAAAUAUAGUUGAUUGCAAUUCAAACAACGAGCAUACCGUAAUAUUUUUGCACAACAUUGACUCUCGGCUGUAUGGGUCAACCAUGAUCAACGCAAAAUUGGCAGUGAUCCUGUUUGAAAUAAGUAUUGGACGAAUUCCAUGAGGGGGCCACAGUUGUCCGCUUCGAAAACAGCUGAUGAUGUCUUUCCAGGACUACAGAGCCUUCUCCAAGUAUCGACGGGAAGAAUCGAUCACUCUGUUUGUUGAAACACUGACUGGGACUAAAUUUGAAAUGUCGGUCCUCCCUCACGAUACCAUCAAGUCUGUCAAAGUCAAAAUCCAACGAAUUGGAGGAAUUCCGAUCAGUCAGCAGCACUUGAUUUACAAUCUGCAAGAGCUGGAUGAUGCGUCACUGUUGGCUGAUUACUCCGUCAAAAGUGGGUCGACACUCAAACUGGUGCUAUCUAUGAGAGGCGGACCCAUCAGCACUGUUAGACGUGUCCUACCUCUGGAUGAUGCUGCUUUAAGAGAGCUCAUGGAAAGUAACAGAGAGGAGCUUCUAGAUGACUUGCCUCCCGGGUGCAAAAUGGCGGUUCUAGUUUUUCGUGAUGGGGACCAAUUGAAUAUGUUCAGGGUGCUAGAAAAUGUUGAUGGAUCCUACUCCCCACUAUCUGAUUCCUCAAUGCUUAAUUUAUUCGAAGACGAAGGUAUGCUGAAGACUGACGAAUUUACUAAACGUUUUGAUGAGAACACAGUUACUAUGGAAAAAAUGUAUGACUUGAAAACAAAGCUUGCAGAGCUCGCAAUUCAACGGAAGACUCAUAAGUUGAGACCUGUGGAAACAGAAGACGAUAACGAAGACAGAGCACCAGUUGCAUCAACAUCGGCCGAAAGCGCAAGAGAGAAAGGAACUAGUAAAUCUAAACUGCCUCCAAUCCCCAGUCUAGAAUCGCGACUGGAAGACGAGAACGUUUGUGAGUCAGCCAGUCUGGUGCGGAAAACCAGAACGACUGAGUUUCUAGAACCUCCUGGUACAACUAGAGAGACCGAAUUUCUAGAACGACCUGCUAAAACUAGAACGACGGAAUUCUCCCGCGUGCCAGUGCUACCGGAGAUAGCUAGUCGCGCGACUCCCAGUCCGCGGCUGGCGGUUGGCGACGCGGUAGAGUGUGUGGGAGCCGCGUUUGAGCGGGAGCGACCGCGUACGUCGCCUGACGAUGACCGCCUCACUGGCGAACGCGUCUGUCAGAUCCUCAGCGAUGCCAGUCGGCUGUCGAGAGCUCGCCGCUGUACUGCGUUGCCUUUGCACAGGUUCCCCAGAGUUCCUCCCAUGGCGAAUUCGAGUCUCGAUUCAGACCAGGAAAAAGACAAAAUAUCAGCUGUCAGUUGUGUGGUGUCAGUUUUCAGUAGACCAAGAAGUGGCCUGGAACGAGAAACCCCAAGUUCUGAAAACAUGGCAAGUUUCUCGACAACAUGUAAAUACUCCACACGAAGAAGCAAAGAAUCCUCAGCAUCCAGAUUCAAAGUAUCUAGUCCGAAAAUGAGUGAUGUUCUGAAUGAAACCGAUGAUACCGAUUCCAAUUAUCCGUCUUCAGAAGUGGCCAACGAUCGGUCGCGCCGAGAUUCUCUGAGGUUCCUUUCCAGAGCUAGUCGAUCAAAAGAGAGUCCUCCAGAAUCGAGUAAACCCACCAGUAAAACCUUAGCUUCUCUGAACACUAGAUCAAGGAUGCUCUCAAGAGACGGGGACAUCGGUAGGAACCGAAGCAAUUUCCACAUCCAACUGUCGAGGAAUUCGUCAUCCUCAGAGCUGCUGAGAUACCCGGAUGACAGUAGUUUCACUCUGAUCGAUGAGGAGAGGCUCAGACAGGCGGCUGACGGUGGCUAUGGUAAAGUUCCUACUGUGAAAGGAUCACAGACUAGUUUGUAUGACACGAGGGUGAAAAAAAAGAAGAAGGAGGCCAAGGCUCGAUGCACUGUCUGCCGCAAGAGAUUGACCAUAAUCAGCACAUACACUUGUCGCUGUGGCAACAUAUUCUGCAGUAUUCACAGGUAUUCGGAAGCCCACGACUGCGAUUACGAUUACAAGGAAGAGGGACGUCGGAUCCUCGAGCAAAAUAAUCCACUGAUUAGAGCACCCAAGUUACCAAAAAUCUAAAUUGUUCUCAUUAAACUAGCCAGCUUCAAUGCGCAACAAAAUUUAUUUUUAUAAUAGAAAGAACGUUUUUAGUAAACUAAUAAUAGCACAUUA